AUGAUACCCUACUCUGAUGACAUUUGUCAUACGAUGGACGACAGAUUAGCUAGUUUUCACCGAAAUCGCUGGAGAUUGUCUUUAAAACAGCAUCAACAAGAAUGCUCCAGUAAAUCCAACCGACAGCUGAUCAAGAGCAAUCUGACGUCGUCUUCUGGUGACUCUGACUGGAAACCAAGAAAUGUUGACAGUUCUGGACCUCAUACCUGCCGAAUUGACCCUUGUGCAGGUUGCUUCCUACAGCCUCGGCACAGGUGCAAUGUCCAAUUGUUCCCAUGCCACGACGCAGCCGUGACGACACGUCAACCGAGUUCCAGCUCCCGAGCAAACAAGCACCCUCGCAACGGCCACUUCAGCAAUCCGAUGAUUUCGUGUCAAAGACAAGCCCUCCUUUCAAGACACGAGCGUGAGUUGCGACCUUGUCUCCUCGUUCACGUCCGAGGAGAAGACGGCCAACGGGGUCUAGGCUCAUGUGUCCACGUGGCAGGUCGGAGGCUGGACAUGGCCCAUACACGAAUUUGUUAG